UACAGAAACCGUGUGACCAGCCUCAGUCCACACAUCCUGCCUAUUGUGUUGGCUGCAGGGCUCCAGGUCCAGACCUGCUCCGGCUGCUGGAGCCUGAAUCAUGUCACUUUGUCUUGCCACUGUGCUGGCCGUCGUGCUGUGCCUGGGACAGACAGUUAACACCAAGGAAGGGUUUCUGGAGAUUCCUUCCAUCUCCGUUGAACCAGGCCUUACUGUCCCCCAAGGGCAUUUUGUAACAUUUGUGUGCUCAAGCUCUAGUGGGUAUGACAUAUUCCGCCUGGAGAAGGAAAACCAGGAAGUCACGGAUAAGAAGAGCACCCCUCAUUCUCUGACAGAGGCUCGAUUCCGCCUUGGCCCAGUGGAUGACAGCUUUGCUGGGAGCUAUGCCUGUGUCUAUGAGAAAGAGUCCACCUGGUCUCCACCCAGUGAGACCCUGGAGCUGAUGGUAACGAGAGAUUAUAUCACCCAGGCUCCUGACCCAGGACCAGCAGUGACCUCAGGCUCAUAUCCCCAGGAUCACCGUGGGGAGAAUCUCAUUCGGAUCACUGUGGCUUCUUUGGUUCUGGUGACUCUUGGAGUUCUGCUGUUUCAGGCUUACCACAGCCAGAGAAGGAAAUGAGAGCACAAUGGCUAUUUUUAGGCAGGGAAACGGCACUCACACACUGGAGAGGGCAAGUACGGAUAACGGAAUGGAGGAGUACAAGCAAUGUACAGUGAUAUCAACAUACAAAACUAUGGAAUCCAGUUUUCUUGUCUCGUCACUAAAUUAGUAAAAUAAAUAAAUUUGAGAUGGA